UCGCUAACAUCGAAGGUUUGCCGACAGUCACUCGCGGCUAACUAUUUGCAAGAAGAUUCGUUGUGUACGAACCAGUUCCACUUUUAAUUGCUAUGGUUUUUCGCAAACAUAUACAGAUUGCGGUGCUUAUAGUUGUCAUCGACAUUGUCACGACGGGUAGCUUCAUUAAAAAUAAGAACUCUUACCAGUUCGGUUAUGUUGUGGAAGCAGAAACUACCCUCAGUCAACAUAUGGAAGAAAGAGAAGGCGACUUCACCAGAGGCUCGUACAGUCUGUUACAGCCCGAUGGUCAAAUAAGGGUUGUUCGGUACCAGGUUAAUGGACGCCAGGGCUUUAAGGCUUUAGUGGAGUACAGACCGCUGAGAACUGGCACCGUGGUGAGCCAUUUGAGAUUUCCGAAAGAUUUCCGGUAUCCAGUCGUAUUCAUACAUCCGGUCAACGUUAUUGAUACAGAUUUUUUUAACCAUGUAAUU